AAAUAUGGCCAUAUUUAGCGAUUAAAUUUCUUGGCUCUCAAGAUAGACGGAGAGUUCUCUAGAACUCGAGAGAGGCGAAGGGAAAAAAAGGGAUUUAUCUGCAAGAUUAGAGCGAGAACGUUAGGAGGUCUAGAAGGAGACAAAGAGGAGGAUGGCGAUGGAACAAGAAAGAAAAAAGAGACAGAGAAGGAAGCGUGGUUGUCCAAACUCUGUUGCAGACACUAUCUCUCGCUGGAGAGAGCAGAACAAUCAACCUGAUGCACAAAAACGUAUUCAACGUGCACCCGCAAAGGGAUCGAAGAAAGGAUGCAUGCAAGGCAAGGGAGGCCCAGACAACCCGAAUUGCAGAUACCGCGGUGUAAGGCAGCGCACUUGGGGGAAGUGGGUAGCUGAAAUUAGAGAACCUAACGGCAUUAGUCGACUGUGGUUGGGAACAUUUCCAACUGCAGAGGAAGCUGCACUUGCAUAUGAUGAGGCUGCAAGAGCUAUGUAUGGACCUUAUGCACGCCUCAAUUUGCCUGACAGUCAUGUUGCAACUACUGAAUCAAGUGCAACGACGACGAUGUCACGUCAUUCGGAAGCUAGUGUUUGUGACACUGAGAAGGUGGAAUUGAUGCGGCCAAAGGUUGAACAGAUUGAUAUGUCUCAGAAUGAUAAAUUGUCAUCGAGAACAGACCCUACGAGCAUCUUGAAAUGUGAACGAAAAAUGGAGCAUGAUCAGGUUGGAGAUGAUUGGCAGGUCGAUGACUUCUGCCUGGAGGAUCUGUUGGAUGCAAAUUUUGGUGUCGCAGAUGGCGCAGAUUACAGAUUAGAGUGGAAUGAUAGCGGAACUUAUAAUUGGGUGGAACAUGAUGCUGCUUAUAUGCCAUUCUACCUUCAGAAUCCUGAAGAAAGAAUGUUUGGGUCCCUUACCGAGACGCAACAAGAUCAUCUUGGGUUCGAUCCUAGUGAUUUCAUGAUAUGGCCUUCUGAGGAAAACUAGUGAGCUGGAUCGAUCUGAGGUUUUAAAGCUGCAUGGAUUAGGAGUUUUGCUUUGGGAAUUUGCAAAAUGGUUUGCCGUUCAUGCUUUUGGUGAUGCUUUGUACAUGUCUGGUGGCGGGUUUGGAUGAAUACACGAUUCAUUCACAAAUUUUGUAUUGGAACUUGCUCGUUUUCCCCAUUUUAAACGAGGAAAAAUAGCGUGUUCGAUAUUUUUGCUAUCAUAUUUAUAGUUCAAUAUUUUGGCGUGGCGCCUCUGGUUGUAUAACAUGAAUGGGAAAUGAUCAUGUGCUAUUUUU